AUGUUCGGGAAGCGAGACAAAAUGGACGUUCGGUGCCACUCGGACGCAGAGGCUGCCCGGGUCUCGAAGAACGCGCACAAGGAGAGCCGGGAGAGCAAGGGCGCGGAGGGGAGCCUCCCUGCCGCCUUCCUCAAGGAACCGCAGGGCGCCUUCUCUGCGUCGGGCGCCGCGGAAGAUUGUAACAAAAGUAAAUCCAAUUCAACCGCGGAUCCGGAUUACUGCCGCCGGAUCCUGGUCCGAGAUGCCAAGGGGUCCAUCCGAGAGAUCAUCCUGCCCAAGGGCCUGGACCUGGAUCGGCCCAAGAGGACGCGCACUUCCUUCACCGCGGAGCAGCUCUACCGGCUGGAGAUGGAGUUCCAGCGCUGCCAGUACGUGGUGGGCCGGGAGAGAACCGAGCUCGCUCGGCAGCUCAACCUCUCAGAGACCCAGGUGAAGGUCUGGUUCCAGAACCGGCGCACGAAGCAGAAGAAGGACCAAGGCAAGGACUCGGAGCUGCGCUCGGUGGUGUCGGAGACGGCGGCCACGUGCAGCGUGCUGCGGCUGCUGGAGCAGGGCCGCCUGCUGUCGCCGCCCGGCCUGCCUGCGCUGCUGCCGCCAUGCGCCACAGGCGCAAUCGGCUCGGCGCUACGCGGGCCCAACCUGCCGGCCCUGGGCGCGGGCUCUGCCGCGGGCUCGGCAGCCGCCGCCGCCCCGGGUCCCGCAGGCGCCGCGUCCCCGCACCCGCCGGCCGUGGGAGGCGCUCCGGGCACCGGGCCCACUGGGCCAGGGGGACUGCACGCGGGCGCACCGGCCGCCGGCCACGGCCUCUUCAGCCUGCCCGUGCCCUCGCUGCUCGGAUCCGUCGCCAGCCGCCUUUCCUCCGCCCCGUUGACAAUGGCCGGUUCGCUGGCCGGGAAUUUGCAAGAACUCUCCGCCCGAUACCUGAGCUCCUCGGCCUUCGAGCCUUACUCCCGGACCAACAAUAAAGAAGGGGCCGAGAAAAAAGCGCUGGACUGAUCUUAAGUGUUUUCCUGUAUUUAUAUUUAUAGUAUCUAUCGUGAUGAUAUUUAUGGAUUCCCGCGCAUUAGGCACCCGGGGCCCCUGCGAUGGGCUCCCGGCUCCCAAGAGGCCUCUGACAGCUCUCCUUCCCCACCAGGCUCUGCUACCAAUAUUACCCCAUUGGGGCUAUUUUUUCCCCCUACCGUUCCUCUGUGUCCUCCCACACCCACCCUUCGCCCCCAACU